CACCUACAAUAACAAUGAGAUGAUUGAUGCCACUGUUUUCUACUUGGAUGCAUUUCUAGGCAGGGAAGGAAGACAGAAAAUUCAUUGGCAGGGACAAUGAAUAUAGGUUCACAAUCCACAAUCCUUGGGAUGUCCCUAGUCCAUUCAUGAGAUGGCAUCGUCUUCGGACAUUAUCAAGCUCUCGCAUCCUCAUUGAUCCUGAACUAAUCAUUAAAAAUCCCGUGGAUGAUGAGGAUUUUCUAUACAAAGUUCCAUCUGCCAAACAAUGCUACAACACAACGGAGAAAACAUUGGACUUUUUUCAAUAUUAUACACAACAAAACUGUUUAAUGGAGUGCUCCACCAAAAGAGCUUUGAGAGAAUGUGGAUGUGUUCUGUUUUACAUGCCACACAACGAAUCAACAUAUAUAUGCUCUGAUGAAUACAGCUCCUGUGCGAUGAAUAUUGUCAAAGCCACUCAUUAUGACACAGGUGAGAGGAAAUUUGUAGAUGAUUGUGACUGUUUGCCAUCUUGUAACUACACAGACUACAAGGUUAUAUCUUAUGAGUCAGUAAAAGCUAAAAGUGAUUUGAUUUAUCCACUUCAAGAACUUUGGUUAGUAUUCAGAGAUGAUUUUUUUCAUCCAAAAGUUCGAACCUACACGUACAAUAACAAUGAGAUGAUGGAUGCCACUGUUUUCUACUUGGAUGCAUUUCUAGGCGAUCUCCUAGAAUUGUUUAAUUGCGACUACUCGGAGAGUCAAGAAAACCAGUUGAAAAUACUCGAUGGAACAGUAAAUCAUCCUCUUGUCAAGAAAUAUCCGUUAAAACUUUCCUACCAACAAUACUUCUUGAAGUUGAUUGUAAAGAAG